AUGCGACACUCCUUUUCCUUCAUCACGCCAGUGCUGGCCCUGGUCUUGAUCCUCCCGGCAGCGAGAAGUCUCGUUCUCUGGCCCAAUGAUCAGCGUCCCUACGAGCAGCAGCACUGGUUUGAAACUCGCCAAGACAUCGGCACAAGUCCAGAUACUUCUGAAUCAGCCGCUUCUUUGGUUAUUGACACCUUUCAGAACUCGCUCCACAAUGAUCUGGGGUUCUGGCAUGGCCCUGGCGAGAAUCUGACCCUCCGCCAUGAGCCUGGUCUCAUGCGUCUGUUUCCGUCGGACCCAGACCAGAACUUCCACACGCAGUUCAAUACACGCGGAUGCUUUAACUUGCUUCCUUGGGAGGGCCAGUAUCUGCAUGUCGUGUUUAAGGGCAACGAGGAGUUCACUGUGUCGCUAAAUGAACACAAUGCGGCCUGCAAUCCGUCUCAGUCGCCUUUCCCCGGUGCACCGGACAGUGUGCAGGCGUCGAGAUACAUCAUGAGAACUCGAGCGGGAAGCCCAGAUGCUGGAGGUGGCGACAAGGAUGAUGGUUCCAAGUUGGGCAGACCGAUUACACCUGGUCAGGAUUGGUUCAAGAAUGACCCUCAUGGUCGUGGUCCUGCAUUAGCAACGAAAACCGAGUUGUUCAUUCCUUUGUCGCAUUUUCGAAUCGACAAGAAUCGCGUUGUCUCGAUUUCAUUCUCCGGCUUCUACGCUGAUCAGCCCAUCACUCUCUACCGGGUCGAGAUCGUGCCGCAUGUACCUCAACCAUCCGCGUCAAAUAAUUUCUUUACUAUUCCUGCAAAGCUUCCGACGGGCAAGCUGAUCCUCCGCUGCAGUCGUCCCAAUUCGUUUGCUUUUGGCAUUGACGACGGUCAACCUCAGUAUGCACAGCAGGUCAUGCAAAUUCUAGAUGAGGAGAACGUUCGGGUGACGUUCUUUGCUGUUGCUACUGGACUCAGGGAUAAGUCGACCAAUUUUACCAGUUUCUAUCGAGAGAUGGUCAAAAGGGGUCACCAAGUUGCUCUGCAUUCGAACACUCAUCCUAAGAUGGAAUCCCUGCCAACUUUACAUGAGAUUGACGAUGAGAUCAUUCAAUCCAUACAAACCUUGCGGAAUCAACUAGAUAUUGGCUCACGAUACUUCCGCCCGCCCUUCGGUACCGUCGGUGCUCGUCUUCGUCAACAGCUGGCACAGCACAUCGACGACCCUUAUAUUGUGAAUUGGAGCGUUGAUGUGGAAGACUGGCUGUGGGAGAAUACCACGACGCCGGAGCGACAACUCGAUGCAUUCUACCGUGAUGUUGCUCGAGGUGGCAAUCUGGCUGUGAUGCACUACCUCAAUCCUAUCACAGUUGGAUACCUCCGGCAUUUUAUUCGGCAUGUCAAGGGUCUUGGGCUCAAUGUCAUGCGAGUUGAUCAGUGUCUGGAGGAUCCAAAUAGCCCAGUGUUGUGAGGGGUCAGCCGAUGUGCCAGGGUGCUAUUUGUACAGAUUAGGCCGUACGGCAUAUUCUUCCUGUGGUCUAUUAUUAGUGCACGCCUAGUGCAUACUGCUAUCCUUCAUUUGGCCGGCGCAAGUCGUUAUAUGAUUUUGUUUUGAGUCGAUAUUUUUGACCUUCAAUUGUAGGCGCCUUUUACAUCGCCUUUGAUGGGAGCUAUUUUGAACGCCUCCAUUCAUGGGCGACAUAAUUGAACAGGAAAAUAGUUGCAAGGGCAAGCCAGUUAUCACAACUUGCUCAAGUCAUCAAGAAUUUCAAAGGGCAAGGUUCGAGAUGGCGCUCACCGAAACAUCCCUCGGCCGAACAAAAAAGACACCAAGGAAAAGUAAUAAAAUAUAGAAAAGACAGCACGAGAAUGAAAAGAAACCCCGGUGCUGACGCCAUGCAUAUAGAUAUACGCCCCUACCAAGACCAACCCACUGCAAAUGCACCAAUCAUAAAAAGACUUCAUAACAAGGCUGUGAUACAGAAACCAACAAACCCAAACGCAAAAAAAUACCAUAUUUCACAAGUACUUGUGAUGGUGUCUAUUCCCCAAACUCGGGUGCCUUGCAUAUUCCACUUGCUUCCAUCUUCUCAUGAAUCCGGCUCAUCAACCAACCAGACGAGGCGGCGGGAUUCGCCGAACCCAAUCGUGGAUUCGAGCUGGUGAAGCAGGUAUUAUCGCGGAAGGAGAAUUGUACACAUUCUUUCUGCAGUUCGCAGACGUCGCGGCAGUCGUCGUAGGAGGAUGCGAACGGUUGUGCAUCGGCGGCUAGGUUGUCCCAAUCGGGUUUUGUAGGGUGUGCGGCGAUUUCGGGGAAGAGGUAUUCGCGGAAGACGUCGCUGUGGAGGAGGAUGCGCUUAUUUUUCUGUUGAGGGGGGCCAGGGGUGGUCAGUAUAU